AUGAAUGUGAGUGUUUGCACAAUGCUAACACAUAAUCUUCAUGAACUUAAUAAACGUGAACAAUUGAAUGUACAUGAUAUUAUUAGUCAUGAAUAUUUACGACGAGUUUUUCGUCAAUAUGAAUUAUUUGGUUUACGACAAGAUACACUUGUAUUCGUUACUAUAACUGCUUUAGGUUCAAUAUCCAAUCGUUCUUUCAUCAAAAAUUCGAGCAAUUUAAUGGUAUUGCUCAAUCAAGGUUCAUUACUUGUUGGUAAAACAGGUAUGUUGGGAAAAUAA